AACACAAGAAUAGUUAAAGAAGUUAGAUACAGACAACCUCCUACAACACGGGAUCAAAGUAGCUCACCGAAUUAAAGAGAAAAAAUAAAAAAUAAAAAAAGAAAGGAAAAAAGCUGUAAGCUUUGUCACGUUAUGCGGUUCUAAUGAUAGGAAAUUUUGCAAUAAGAACAAACAGAGGCAAAGGCAAUAAUGUCAAAAGGUAAACUUAAACCCGACGCCAUCCACCGAACGGCACAGUUUAAAUUCAGAAACAGAGAGAGAUAUUGGAAAAAACAAAAAGUGGGUCUUUGUGUAGGAGUGUGAGAAGGAUGGAGAGCGACUGGCAUUACAUUCAUGCACAAACAUUAAUGAAAAAAAUAAAUCGAUCAGUAGUUUUUAUUUAAAAAAAUUAACAAUAUAAAUACAGGAAAAAAGAAGGAGGCCCACCUCAUCCAAAGAGAACCCAAUGCAAUAGUUGCUCAUCAUUGCAUCACCUUUUCUACAAUAUGAUUUUUAAUUAAGAGUCUCAGUUGCCGCUAAAUCUGCCGCUUAAUUUGUUGCAUAUUCUUUUACUAAAUUUAUGCUUUGGGAACUGACUACCUGUCAUUUUCUCUCUGUUUUACCCUUUCCUUAAACCUUCCAUACCAUUUUGAGCUGUUGAUGUGUUAUGUUAAAUUCUUCCUUUUGGUUCUAUUUGUGGAAAUUUUUAGUGUAUACUAAAUUAUAGUUAAAUAUUUUGGUUUUUAAUGUUAUACGGAUUAUAGUUAUUGCGUAUUGAGGGGACACGGUCACACGGCAUUGAAAUUUCGGUUGUUUUGGUUUCUCUCCUCUUUCGGGGAGGGAAAAAUAAACGAUUUUUGUUUCUUUUGGUUGUGUCCCUGAUGGAGGGUAAUUAGGGUUCGGAUGAACAAUUUAGUUGUUGUUCAGUGGUCUAUUCAAUUGUGAGCAAUUUUAGUUUCCAAGAAGAAAGAUUUUGUAUUGUUAAAAAAAAUGAGGUGUUUUUCUUGUUUAAGUUCUCACAGGAAGGAUACUAAGAUCGACAUUGAAAGUGGCCCUCGAUCUGCCUCUCUCUAUUCUUCUGAUUCCUCAGGUAGCGGGAAGGGAAGAUGGAACUUGAAUGGUAAUGCGAAAGUAAAUGGUAAGGACAAUGGCAAGAGGAGUGGUGCUCAGAGUUUCACAUUUAGAGAGCUUGCUGUUGCUACCAACAAUUUUAGAGAGAUGAAUUUGAUUGGAGAAGGAGGUUUUGGAAGGGUUUAUAAAGGCCGGUUAGAAUCAGGCCAGAUUGUUGCGGUGAAGCAACUCAAUCAUGAUGGUGUUCAAGGGUUUCAGGAAUUCAUAGUGGAGGUUCUUAUGUUGAGUCUGUUGCAUCAUUCUAAUCUUGUAACCUUGAUUGGCUACUGUACUGCUGGUGAUCAAAGACUACUGGUUUAUGAGUACAUGCAGAUGGGUAGCGUGGAAGACCAUAUUUUCGAUCUAGAUCCUGAUAAAGAGCCAUUGAAUUGGAGCACUCGGAUGAAGAUUGCUGUUGGUGCUGCUCGGGGCCUUGAGUACCUACAUUGCAAAGCAAAUCCGCCUGUUAUAUAUCGAGACCUGAAAUCUGCAAAUAUUCUGCUAGACACUGAUUUCAAUCCAAAACUAUCGGAUUUUGGGCUUGCAAAAUUGGGACCAGUUGGUGAAAAUACACAUGUUUCAACCAGAGUUAUGGGAACAUACGGAUACUGUGCCCCAGAGUACGCUAUGAGUGGCAAAUUGACUCUCAAAUCUGACAUUUAUAGCUUUGGUGUUGUUCUGCUGGAGUUAAUCACUGGUAGAAAGGCAAUAGAUCGCUCUAAGAGACCAGGAGAGCAAAAUCUAGUUGCUUGGGCUCGCCCAUUUCUUAAGGACCAGAAGAAGUUCUAUCAAUUGGUUGAUCCUCUGUUGCAAGGGUGCUAUCCUCGCCGCUGUUUGAACUAUGCAAUUGCCAUUACUGCAAUGUGUCUUCAUGAGGAAGCAAAUUUUCGCCCUCUUAUUGGUGAUAUAGUUGUUGCUCUUGAAUAUUUGGCCUCGCAGUGUCAUGGGUCAGAAUCCAAUAGCAGUCAGGUAAGAAGUGGCAUUCCACAAUCUUCCAUGGCAACAAACAGGGGUGCUGUUUCUCAAGAACCAAUGUCUAGGAGUACAGCUUUUUAGACUUCAUUAGUCAGAAGCUUCUUAAACCCUCUGAUUACUGAAGAAUGACAGUAAGGAGUUGAAAUUAUUUGAAGGAAGCAUCUCUAUAUAUGUCAAUAUCUCCACUUUGCUGAUUCUUUCGAGAACCAAAGUGAUUCUUUUGGCAUCUUGCUUUUGUGGGGCAUUAUCUAUGCACUUCAUCUGUGUGCAUUGAAGAGGAAACCGUUGCUUGUUUCUGUACACAGUUGUCUUCUCAUUAUUUUGGCAUCAUCACCCCAAUUAAUAUUAUCUGAAAUUCAUCUGCUGUUGUGUUCAAUUUAGCUGUAACAAUGUGUGUGGUGGCAAGUUUCAUAUUUAUUUUUCUGGGGGUGCAGAGAGGUUAAAAGAAUAAGGCAGUUUCACUUGGUGCCCUUUUGGGUUAUCAUUUGAAUCAAAUAAAUGAUUCAUGAUUCAAUGGCUUGUGCUUCAAUCAUAACUUGUGGAUCUCUUCUUGCUGUGUGCUUUCAGGUGUCUUGCCAAACUUGGGAUGAAAAACCUGCAGUAACAUAAGUGCCCGUGAAUCUACUCAGUUUACUUAUAUGUGUAUAUGUUUGUAUAUUCAGUUGGGUUUUAUAAAGAAGCCUUUUCUUUUACCUUUA